GUGGUGUUUAUUCAUGGCAGCCUCUGAACAGCAGCAGACCUGGAAACUGCACGGCCCUGUUUCAGAUCCGGACGCCUUCGCUUCCUCUCCGACCGAAAACCCGCUGGACUGGACGUGCGAGGAGCUCAAGGGCCGCGCCACUGCUCUCUUCUUCUCGCUGAGCGACGGAGAGAUCCUAGUCCGAGAAGGAGACGUGGUAGUGAUAAUAGAGCAGACGUUGGCGGGAGACUAUUUCGUCAUACACAACAAGAGAACAGGCCAGUCGGGAAAGGUCCCUGUGGACUACAUUGAGAUCAGUCAAAGUCUUGGUCAUCAGACAAGGAGUCACCAAGCAGUGAUUGGUCCAGCAGUGACGAAGAUGAUGAUGAAGGAGAUGAAGCUCCUCUGCGUUCCCUCCACCCACUCUGCACUGCCAGGCUCAUGGGAGUGGAGAACCAUGGCUGACUCCCUUCCUGACAAUACUUCUCCAAUGGGAACAGGCUACACCCCCAAGAGAAGCCACCACCAAUAGCUCCCAAGCCGAGAGUAUCGUGGACUCACUCGUUACCCACCACUGACCUCAACUACCAACUGAUAGAAGACCCUUCUUCCUUCUCUCAGGUCCAGGUUAUUUUCUUCUUCUCCAAUUUUGACGGAUGUUUGUAUUAUGCUCCAAACAACAUUCAAAGAGCCAUUCAUGAAUGCGACUCAAAUUUGAGUAGCCAACAAAAAAUCAUAUUCCAGUAUUAAUAAUCAUGCUAUAUAUAAUGGGCCUUAUCAUUGAUUGGUGAGUGAAUGCGAGUGUGAAAUUUCAGCUGUUUAUCUGUGUUGUAUUGGUGCAUGUAUUUCAGAUAUACUAGAUAAAAUUGUGCAAUUUCAGGUAGGCUCGCUUUGUUCGCCAAUCAUGUUAGAAAUGUUCCAAUUGAUGACAGAUAUGACGUUUCCCCCAUGCAGGCAACUCAUGUCAGUGUCUCUGACCUCUAGUUUUCCUAGACCCAGGGGACCACAGGAAAGAAAUCUACCAUC